AUGACACAUUUGACAUCAAAAGCACAAUUGCUCGCCAACGGGCUGCUAGAUAUGGACGCCCGGCUUACACGAAGCGGUUCAACAACCAUCAACAAUUUGAACGGCACGGAUAACCCCACCAAGCUGGGUCACUGCCUGCAUUAUCUUCUCGAAGAUGCUGCAAGAAAAUAUCCGACCAAUCUUGCACUUAUCUGUGGCAACACAACGCUCACGUAUCAAGAGCUCAACGAGGCCGCUAAUCGGUUUGCCAGGGUCUUGGUGGGCCUGGGCAUAGGGCAGCACGAUUUGGUUGGCGUUGCCCUUGACCGAUCUGCCAGUCUCGUUGUGACGCUCUUCGCAGUGCUCAAGACGGGAGCCGCCUAUGUACCCCUCGAUGCAACAUUCCCAUCGCAACGCAUCAGGCACACGCUGGAUGUCGCGGCACCAAAGAUACUGGUCGUCACUGCCAGUAUGCUGGGUGCAUUCAAGUCUUGGGCAGGUGUCAUUCUAAGCGUCGAUGAAACCACGUUCAAUACGGCAAGCACACAGGCGGAGAGCAUCAAUCUCGAACUCAAUAGACACCCAGAAGACCUUGCCUACGUGAUAUUCACAUCUGGCUCGACGGGAAAACCAAAGGGGGUGGAGGUCAGCCACGGAGCCUUGUGUAAUUUGCUCCUAUCCAUGAAGGAGGUGCUCAAUUGUGAGGAGGCGGACCGCAUGCUAGCCGUGACGACUGCCACCUUCGAUAUUGCAGCGCUGGAGCUCUUCAUGCCGCUACUCUGCGGAGCAGCAACAGUCAUUGGUCAAGGACAACAGAUCAAAGAUGCCAAAGCUGUGCGUGGUCUGUUGGAGCAACACGCCGUCACCAUGAUGCAGGCAACGCCCGCAUACUGGCAGAUGCUGCUCGACUCGGGCUGGAAAGGCGACCCUGCCUUGGACAAACUGCUCUGCGGAGGGGAAGCCAUGUCGGCGAGACUUGCAGCGCGGCUGCUUGAGUGCGGUGGCUCAUUGUGGAAUUUGUAUGGGCCAACCGAGGCUACUGUAUGGGCUAGUGCCUGGCGAGUGCAACCAGGCGAAGACAUCAUCAUUGGCAAGGCACUAGCCAACUACCAGCUUCACAUUUUAGAUGAACAGUUGAGACCGGUCCCGCAAGGCCAAUAUGGAGAGCUCUAUAUCGGCGGUUCUGGACUUGCUCGCGGCUAUCAUAAAAACCCGGGACUCACACAGGCCAGCUUCCUUGAGAGCCCGUUCUCUCAAGGGCGGAUAUACCGUACCGGGGAUAUUGGCUGCUUCCUCGCACCAGAGAGACUGAGUAUCGCCGGCCGUGCAGAUAGCCAGAUCAAAGUCCGAGGAUACAGAAUCGAACUAGGCGAUGUUGAGGCAGCGCUAGCAAGUCAUCCGCAAGUCACCGCGGCUGUGGUGGUUUGCCGCACAGAUCAGUUAAUCGCGUACUUUACCUGGCGAGGUAAUUCUCCAGAGAGGGCAGAUCCGGCGAACGGGACAACAUGCCCCAAAUAUGCAGCUGUACGCAAAUGGAUCGACCGACUUCUGCCGUCCUACAUGAUGCCAGCGUUCUUUGUGCAUUUGGAGGCCUUUCCCACAACGUUGAACAACAAAAUCAAUCGCAACGCUCUACCAGACCCGAUGGCAGGAAACCCCAUUCAAAGCGAGCGGGAUCCAGUUUCGAAACCCGCUGGGGCAUCUAUCGUGGCGCUUGAGCGCCAUAUCCUAGCUGUUUGGUCUCGAGUUUUGGGCGGCGCCCGACUCAGUGUCAAGGACAAUUUUUUUCAUGUUGGCGGAAACUCUCUGCACAUUGUUAAGGUCCAAGCUCAGCUGGAGAAGCUUUUGAAUCGGCCCAUCCCAGUUGCGAAGCUCUUUGAGCACUACUCCAUCGAGUCACUAGCAGCAUACUUGGGCGGAAAAGAUACUUCUGGCGGAAAGCAGAACGACUCCCCACGUUGCGGUCCCUCUGUCAUCGAAGAGGAAAGCAUAGCCAUUGUAUCCAUGGCGUGCCGGCUUCCUGGUGGCGUUGAAACUCCUGAAGAGUUCUGGCAGCUUCUACAUUCUAGCGGUGAUGCCAUUGCUGAGGUGCCUGCGGACCGGUGGACUGCUGCUACACUCUGCGAUGCUGGGCUAGACAUCCGCCAAAAGUCAGAAUGCAUGCGUGGUGGAUUUCUCCGCAGCAUCGACACAUUCGACAGUACUCUAUUCGGCAUCUCGCCCCAGGAGGCGCGGGAGAUGGACCCGUUGCAGCUGCUGACACUGGAAACAUGCUGGGAAGGCUUCGAGCGAGCUGGCUACCCGCUAGAGAAGCUGUCGGCAAGCCGAACUGGCGUUUACGUCGGUGUGAGCAACAUGCCAGCCCAUCAAAACUUCGCACGGCCUCUGUCAGAUCUGAACGGGUAUACCGCCACGGGUAGCGCCGGUGCCACCGUGUCCGGCCGUGUGUCCCAUGUACUUGGUCUUGGGGGCCCGUCCAUGACAAUUGACACGGCGUGUUCUUCCUCUCUAGUCGUGACUGACCUCGCUUGUACAGCGCUGCGCCGCGGGGAGUGUGACAUGGCCGUGUCCUGCGGAACCACACUGAUGCAGACUCCUGGGCUGCACGUCGAGUUCAGCCGACUGGGAGGUAUAUCGCGGGACGGACGAUGCAGGGCCUUUUCGGAAGAUACGGACGGGACAGGCUGGGCAGAAGGUUCUGCGGCCGUCGUGCUCAAGAGACUAUCGGAUGCGCAUCGCGACGGCGAUGCAAUCCACGCUGUCGUGCGUGGCAGUGCUGUCAAUCACGGGGGCCGCAGCGCCGGCUUGACGACACCUAGCGGCACUGCACAGCAACAAGUCAUACAACGCGCACUCAUGGCCGCAUGUCUGCAGCCAAGCGACGUUGACUACGUGGAAGCCCACGGCACGGGAACGAAGCUGGGAGAUCCGAUCGAGGGUGCCGCCUUGGCACAAGUCUUCGGCAGCAGCCGCAGCACAGAUGCAAAUACUGAACCUCUAUGGCUCGGCUCGGCCAAGUCUAACAUCGGCCACACACAGGCGGCUGCGGGCCUCGUGGGUGUCUUGAAGGUCGUCUUGGCAAUGCAGCAUGAAACGCUGCCCCGAACCCUGCAUGCUAGCAUGCCUACCGGCGCAUUGAAUUGGCAAGAAGCAGGCAUGGCUCUGGUACAGGAGGAGAUACCAUGGCCGAGGCGUGAAGGGGACCGACGCCGCCGCGCUGGCGUCAGCUCAUUUGGAAUCGGAGGCACAAACGCACACGUGGUUAUCGAAGAAGCAGCAAAUAUCAUAACGUCGGCGGAAACCGAUAGUGCACUGCCACAUAUGAACUCGCUGCCCUUCCUUGUGUCUGGAAAUACAGCUGCAGCCAUGCGUCAGCAGGCCGAAAGGCUGCACCGUCACCUGAGCAAUAGUGACAAUUUUGGCCAGAAGCAAUUGGGUGAUCUAGCCUAUUCACUAGCAACGACCCGAACGCACUUCAAACACCGCCUUGUUUUUGUAACUGACAGCAGAGACAGUCUUUUGGGCCAGCUGGCGGCGGCAGCUGGACCCCACGGCGUGGCAGCGGCAGCGAGUACUAGAGCUGGCACCGAUCGCAGGCACCUGGCUAUGCUCUUCACAGGCCAAGGUAGCCAGAUACCGGGGAUGGGCCUCGACCUCAGUCGCACCUAUCCAGUCUUUCGUGAGUCUCUAGAGAAAACGGCCGAGCACUUCUUCCUAGAACGACCACUGCUCGAGAUCAUGUGGGCGGAUGCGGACAACGCAGAAGACGUCGCCCUCCUCAAUCGCACUGAUUUUGCCCAGCCUGCCAUUUUCACGUUGCAAGUGGCGCUCUUGAGCUUGUGGCGAAGCUGGGGUGUCGAACCCCAGGCUGUCCUUGGCCAUAGCCUCGGCGAGUAUGCCGCCGCAUACGCCGCAGGCGUCUUCGAUAUUGCCUGUGCUUGCCGGCUCGUGCAAGCGCGCUCCAGGUUGAUGAACAGCCUGCCCCCCAGCGGCAACAUGAUGUCGCUCCAGGCCAGCGCCAGUGAGGUAGUUGCAGCCAUUGGCGACACGAAGUACAGUGGUCGGGUGGGAAUCGCUGCCUACAAUACGCCGUCCCAGAUUGUGAUAUCAGGCGAUGUCAGCGCCACUGGUCCAGUGGCUGCAUGCAUGGCCGGGUUAGGCCGCAAAGUCAAGACACUUGACGUAUCCCACGCUUUUCACUCUCAGCAUAUGGAUGGAAUGCUCUCAGACUUCGAAGCUAUUUUGGCGGAGGUCGACUUUCAUCCUCCGCACAUCCCUGUUGUCAGCUGCCUCACCGGGCGGUUGGCAGAACCGGGCUUGCUCGAAACAGCUCGCUACUGGGUCGCCCAAGUAAGAGAAGCAGUUCGUUUCAGCGACGCAAUUCAAACUAUGUCAAGCAUCGACAUGGAUGUUUUUAUUGAGCUCGGGGCAAAACCUGUGCUCUCUGGGAUGGGUGCAGCGUGUCUCGGCGUCGAUCAAAAGUGGCAUACUGCUUGGCUACCUUCUCUUGUUACGCGCAAAAGUGGCACCUUAUGUAUACAGAACUGCCUUGCAGAACUGCAUCGGCUGGGAAUUUCUAUAGACUGGGCCAGGUACUUCAAACCUUUCGGCUACAGGAGGGUCGAGUUGCCGACAUAUGCUUUUCAGCGGAAGCGCGUCUUAUCUCCAACACGGACUCCAGUACCAAAAUCGCGAAACGGUACAAACGAGGCUAGUUCGGUGGACGCGAGCCACGACAUGAUUGUGUCCCAGCCAGGCCUAGACGAUGAUCUCGGCAGUCUGUUCAGGAAUUCUCCUGCCGAGCAGCAUGCCACCUUUCUUCAAGACAGGAUGAGAAAAAUAGUGGCAACUUUGGUUGGAAUCGAGUCGCCAAAUAACGUCGACAUGGACUUGAUCUGGCAAAAAAUUGGCAUUGACUCGUUGAUGGAGCCUCAGUUGCGCAGCCAAUUGGUGGCUCUCGCCGAGGCUGUCACCGACAUUGCUCUGCCCAUUAACAUCACUUCUAUAUACCCCAACUUGCGGAGUUUAUGCGACCAUCUUCUAUCGUUAUCACGACAAAAAAGAGAUGAUGGUUCAUCUUCCAGCAACGAGUCUGUUUGCUGCCAAUCUUCAGAGCUGACCUCCGCAUCAUCUCUGGAUAUCAGGCUGGGGCAAGCUGGGGUAAAUGGCUCGGGAAAUAAGAACAGCGGGCACAUGUCAAAGGAUGCCCAUAUUGACGGGCCUCGGGCGAUCAUUCCAACCCCAAGCGCGUCUAUAAACUACCCCGUUGCCCUGUCUCCGCUCCACCGUAUCCUGUGUCCCUCCCUCGGCCUUUAUCCUCCGAACUCGCGCCUGGAUCGCUUCAUGUCUGCGGUUGAUUUUUUUGAAAGCAUCCCGUGGUGCUUCCAGAUUAUCCACGAAUUCUCACCAACAGGUGGCCCGAUCCCUGGGUGUGGCCAAGCUGUUACAUUUCUUCCACACUGCGUCAACCCAGCCAGCUCGCGACAUGAGCAAUUUCUAGGAGAGACCCUCUCUCACAGCUAUGUCGACAUAUCAAACAAGAACGUACAGGCUACGUAUGAUGCAGGUACCAAGCAGCCUCCUCUACGACACAUGCUGUCCCUCUUCCGUCCGUCGAACCCGGACCAUGUUGAAGAUCCCACACGGCCCAUCCUCCGUGCAGCAACGCUCGUUGCUUUCGGAGUAGGUACGUCGGGCUUUGAAGGCAUCAUUCACGGCGGGUUUAUUUCAACGAUCCUUGAUGAGAGUCUUUCUAUCGUCAAUGAGCUCAACUCAGCUCUCGUUUCUUGCACCUGUGCCGGUAACAGAAGAAGCCGUCUGUGUAACAACUUGGAUCGACAGAUUUGA